CUCUCUAUGGUCGGUUGGGCGGUGUGUUGUCAUCGGCGGAGCGACGGCCGGAGGCGAAGGCGUAGGCCCCGGCGGGGCGUUUGGUUUCGGUUUGGCCCUGUCUGCAAUUAGUGUUGACUGUCGAAAUGGGAGUCCCCAAGUUUUACCGAUGGAUUUCGGAGCGGUACCCCUGCCUCAGCGAAGUGGUGAAAGAGCAUCAGAUUCCUGAAUUUGAUAACUUGUACCUGGAUAUGAAUGGAAUUAUUCAUCAGUGCUCCCAUCCUAAUGAUGAUGAUGUUCACUUCAGAAUUUCAGAUGAUAAAAUCUUUACUGACAUUUUUCACUACUUGGAAGUGUUGUUUCGCAUUAUUAAACCUAGGAAAGUGUUCUUCAUGGCUGUUGAUGGUGUGGCUCCUCGAGCAAAAAUGAACCAGCAGCGUGGGAGGCGUUUUAGGUCAGCCAAGGAGGCAGAAGACAAAAUAAAAAAGGCAAUAGAAAAGGGAGAAACUCUUCCUACAGAGGCCAGGUUUGAUUCCAACUGUAUUACACCAGGGACAGAAUUCAUGGCUAGGUUACAUGAACAUCUGAAAUAUUUUGUAAAUAUGAAAAUUUCCACAGACAAGUCAUGGCAAGGAGUUACCAUCUACUUCUCAGGCCAUGAGACACCCGGAGAAGGAGAGCAUAAAAUCAUGGAAUUUAUCAGAUCCGAGAAAGCAAAACCAGAUCAUGAUCCAAACACCAGACACUGUCUUUAUGGUUUAGAUGCUGACUUGAUCAUGCUUGGAUUAACAAGUCACGAGGCACAUUUUUCUCUUUUAAGAGAAGAAGUUCGAUUUGGUGGCAAAAAAACACAAAGGGUGUGUGCACCAGAAGAAACCACAUUUCACCUUUUACACUUGUCUUUAAUGAGAGAAUAUAUUGACUAUGAGUUUUCAGUGUUAAAAGCAAAGAUCACAUUUAAAUAUGAUAUUGAAAGAAUUAUAGAUGAUUGGAUUUUGAUGGGAUUUCUGGUUGGCAAUGAUUUUAUCCCUCAUCUACCUCAUUUACAUAUUAAUCAUGAUGCACUGCCUCUUCUUUAUGGAACAUAUAUUACCAUCCUUCCAGAACUUGGGGGUUAUAUUAAUGAAAGUGGACAUCUCAACUUACCUCGAUUUGAGAAAUACCUUGUGAAACUAUCAGAUUUUGAUCGGGAGCACUUCAGUGAAGUUUUUGUGGACCUAAAGUGGUUUGAAAGCAAAGUUGGUAACAAGUACCUCAACGAAGCAGCAGGUGUUGCAGCAGAAGAAGCCAAGAACUAUAAGGAAAAGAAAAAACCAAAGGGCCAGGAAAAUUCUGUAUGUUGGGCUGCUUUAGACAAAAAUGAAAGUGCAGUGGUAGCUUCUAAGGAUAACUUAGAAGAUGAGACUGAAGAUGAUGAUCUAUUUGAAACUGAGUUUAGACAAUAUAAAAGAACAUAUUACAUGACAAAGAUGGGGGUUGAUGUAGUCUCUGAUGAUUUUCUGGCUGAUCAAGCUGCAUGUUAUGUUCAGGCAAUACAGUGGAUUUUGCACUAUUACUAUCACGGUGUUCAGUCCUGGAGCUGGUAUUAUCCUUAUCAUUAUGCACCUUUCCUGUCAGACAUCCGCAACAUCAGUACACUCCAAAUCCAUUUUGAACUAGGAAAACCUUUUAAACCAUUUGAACAGCUUCUUGCUGUACUUCCAGCGGCUAGCAAAAAUUUACUUCCUACAUGCUAUCAGCAUUUGAUGACCAGUGAAGACUCUCCAAUUAUAGAAUAUUAUCCACCUGAUUUUAAAACUGAUCUAAAUGGAAAACAACAGGAAUGGGAAGCUGUGGUAUUAAUACCUUUUAUUGAUGAGAAGCGAUUGUUGGAAGCCAUGGAGACAUGUAACCACUCCCUCAAAAAGGAAGAGAGGAAAAGAAACCAACAUAGUGAGUGUCUAAUGUGCUGGUAUGAUAGAGACACAGAGUUUACCUACCCUUCUCCGUGGCCAGAAAAGUUCCCUGCCAUAGAACGAUGUUGUACAAGGUACAAAAUAAUAUCAUUAGAUGCUUGGCGUGUGGACAUAAACAAGAACAAAAUAACCAGAGUUGACCAGAAGGCAUUAUAUUUCUGCGGAUUCCCAACUCUGAAACACAUCAAACAUAAAUUUUUUUUGAAAAAAAGUGGUGUUCAAGUAUUCCAGCAAAGCAGUCGUGGAGAAAACAUGAUGUUGGAAAUCUUAGUGAAUAUAGAAUCAGAUGAACUUAGUGUAGAAAAUAUAGCUUCAUCGGUGCUUGGAAAGUCUGUUUUUGUUAAUUGGCCUCACCUUGAAGAAGCUAGAGUUGUGGCUGUAUCAGACGGCGAAACUAAGUUUUACUUAGAAGAACCUCCAGGAACACAGAAGCUUUAUUUGGGAAGGACUGUGCCACCAUCUAAAGUAAUCCAUCUUGGAGACAAAGAACAAUCUAACUGGACAAAAGAAGUACAAGGAAUUUCAGAACAUUACCUGAGAAGAAAAGGAAUAAUAAUAAAUGAAACAUCUGCAGUUGUGUAUGCUCAGUUACUCACAGGCCGUAAAUAUCAAAUAAGUCAAAAUGGUGAAGUUCGUCUAGAAAAACAGUGGUCAAAACAAGUUCUUCCUUUUGUUUAUCAAACUAUUGUCAAGGACAUCCGAGCUUUUGAUUCUCGUUUCUCCAAUAUCAAAACACUGGAUGAUUUGUUUCCUCCUAGAAGUGUGGUAUUUAUGCUGGGAACUCCAUAUUAUGGCUGCACUGGAGAAGUUCAAGAUUCAGGUGAUGUUAUUACAGAAGGUAGGAUUCGUGUGGUUUUCAGCAUUCCCUGUGAGCCCAACCUUGAUGCUCUAAUACAGAACCAGCAUAAAUAUUCUAUAAAGUACAACCCAGGAUAUGUGUUGGCCAGUCGCCUUGGAGUGAGUGGAUACCUUGUUUCAAGGUUUACAGGAAGUAUUUUUAUUGGAAGAGGAUCUAGGAGAAAUCCUCAUGGAGACCAUAAAGCAAAUGUGGGUUUAAAUCUCAAAUUCAACAAAAAAAAUGAAGAGGUACCUGGAUAUACUAAGAAAGUUGGAAGUGAAUGGAUGUACUCAUCUGCAGCAGAACAACUUCUUGCUGAGUACUUAGAGAGAGCACCAGAACUAUUUAGUUAUAUAGCCAAAAAUAGCCAAGAGGAUGUGUUCUAUGAAGAUGACAUUUGGCCUGGAGAAAAUGAGAAUGGUGCAGAGAAAGUUCAAGAAAUUAUUACUUGGCUAAAAGGACAUCCUGUCAGUACUUUGUCUCGUUCUUCUUGUGAUUUACAAAUUCUGGAUGCAGCUAUUGUUGAGAAAAUCGAGGAAGAAGUUGAAAAGUGCAAGCAAAGAAAGAAUAAUAAGAAAGUACGAGUGACAGUGAAGCCACAUUUGCUAUACAGACCUUUAGAACAGCAACAUGGAGUCAUUCCUGAUCGGGAUGCAGAAUUUCGUCUCUUUGACCGUGUUGUAAACGUGAGAGAGAAUUUUUCGGUUCCAGUUGGCCUUCGGGGCACUAUCAUAGGAAUCAAAGGAGCUAAUAGAGAAGCUGAUGUACUAUUUGAAGUAUUAUUUGAUGAAGAAUUUCCUGGAGGCUUAACAAUAAGGUGCUCACCUGGUAGAGGUUAUCGACUACCAACAAGUGCCUUGGUGAACCUUUCUCAUGGGAGUCGCUCUGAAACAGGAAAUCAAAAGUUGACAGCCAUUGUGAAACCACAGCCAGCUGUGAAUCACUAUAGCCCAAAUUUAUCAGUUUCUGCCUCACAUUUAGGAGGCCUCAACCAUUCUCCUCAGUCACUUUUUGUUCCUACUCAAGCACCUAUUAAAGAUGAUGAUGAAUUUUGCAACAUUUGGCAAUCCUUACAGGAAUCUGGAAAAAUUCAGCAGUUCCAGCCAACUAUACAAGAGAAGGGUGCAGUUCUACCUCAAGAAAUAAGUCAAGUAACUCAACAGCAUAAAUCUGGCUUUAAUGACAACAGUAUUAAAUACCAACAAAGGAAACAUGACCCUCACAGAAAAUUUAAAGAAGAGUGUAAGAGUCCUAAAACUGAGUGUAGGUCACAAAAAACAUCCAAUAAACAGCUUAACUCUGGAAUUGAGAACUUUUUGGCGUCAUUGAAUAUCUCCAAAGAAAACGAAGCACAGUCAUCCCAUCAUGGAGAACCUUCAAAUGAAGAGCAUUUGUCACCACAAUCAUUUGCUAUGAAGGGAACACGAAUGCUGAAAGAAAUUCUAAAAAUUGAUGGUUCUGACACAAUGGACCGUAAGAAUGAAAUGAAAAAGUUUGGUAAUGAAGCCACUGUUUCCUCUAAUAAAAGAGAUGAAUAUGGACUGUCCUCACAACCUAAACAAAAUAAGAAAUUAGCAUCUUAUAUGAACAAGCCUCACAGUGCUAAUGAGUACCAUAAUGUUCCAUCUGUGGACAAUGUGUGUUGGCCUGUUCCUGGCCAGAUCCCUCCUGUGCCCACUCCAGUAACUGAACUUUCUCGAAUUUGCUCCCUUAUUGGAAUGCCACAACCAGAUUUCUCCUUUCUGAGAACAUCUCAGACAAUGACAGUUUGCCAAGUAAAAUUAUCUAAUGGCUUACUGGUACACGGGCCACAGUGCCACUCUGAAAAUGAAGCCAAGGAGAAAGCUGCACUUUUUGCUUUACAACAGUUGGGCUCUUUAGGAGUGAAUUUUUCUUUGCCUCCACCAAUAUUUCCAAAUUAUCCUCCCGCUGUACCAGCUGGAACCAUACCUCCAGUCUUUCCCCAACCUACUGCUAAUAUGAUGCCUUCACCUCAUCUCUUUGGCUCAAUGCCAUGGGGACCACCAGUGCCAGUUCCUGGGAAGCCCUUCCAUCAUACAUCACAUUCUGGGACCAUACCCAUGGCUGGAGGAAUGCCAGGUGGAGUGCACAAUCAGUUCAUACCUCUGCAGGUUACCAAAAAAAGGGUUGCAAACAAAAAGAACUUUGAGAAUAAGGAGGCCCAGAGUUCUUCUCAAGCCACCCCACUUCAGACUAGCAAGCCCAGCUCUUCUGAUGACACCAGAGUGAUUCCACAGGAAAGCUCAUCAGGCCCUUUAAAGUCCUCUCAGCUUGCUCAACCUGCAUCUUCUUUUCAAGUUGAAACUGCCUCCCAAGGCCACAAUACGUCUCACCAGAAGUCAACACCAAGCUCUUCUUCUAGAAGAAAAUCAAGAAAACUGGCUGUCAAUUUUGGAAUUUCUAAACCUUCUGAAUAAAUUUGGUACUUGGGAAUUAAAAUAAUUUCUUUUAUUUCCAUCACCUUUUUAUAAAUCCAUAUCUCAUAAAUGUACUAUUUUAAAAUAAUAUGUUUGAAUAUUUUUAAGUCGUCAGGCACUUUUCAUGCUAUUUAAAAGACUAUAUAUCAAAUUGUGCACUUUAAAUAUGUGCAGUUUGUUGUACGUCAAUUAUACCUCAAUAAAGUUGUAAAAAGAAAAAAUACUAAAUUAAACCUUUUGUUAAAAUGAAUUUUAGUGGGCUAAGCGUUAAAAUGUACCACUCUAACCAUUGGCCUCAUUAGAAGCUUCCUUGAACUAUGAAGUAGACAUCAUAUUAGCAAUAAUAGUAAACAUCUUUUACACUAUCAUUGAGGGAUAAUUAAAUGAAGCAUGAAAAUUGGGCCUAAAAUAUAAUUUUCUGGAUGUGGAUUUUAUUUCUCUUUUUAAUGAUGUAACAAAAUUAUCAAGAGAAUGGCUUGCUCUUAUGUGUAUUGUAUUUAUGUGCUCUUAUCUCUGAGGGUCCUUUAGACCUGCUGUGAAGUAAUCACACUGGUUGUGGUGCUGCCAGUUUUGCUUUAUUCUAAAUUUUGUACCAAAGCAACUAUAGAGUACUAAUCAGAAUAUUUCAUCCAUCUGCUUAGAACUAUAAAUAGCAAUUUAAAUUUGAGUAAUUAGAAUUUUUUAGAUUAUUCAAGAACCAGCAUUAGUAAUUUCUAAUAAAAUUAAAUUUCUAAAUCCACAGGGUACAAUGAUUACAAAUUACUCUUCUAAUAGAACAAAGUACAAAAAUAUUAAUCAUGUUGUUAAAUUGUGUUGUUCUUUCCUAUAGCUUUUUAUUUGCUUACUUAACAUGUAUGAGAGCUCGUUGUUGUUCCUGGAACUGAUGGAAUUCUAGCUUUCAAUUCCAAGGUGCGCUGUGGUACAGACACCGUUGGCAGUUUGUGAUGUGUGCUCUUUACUCAUUCUAGUUCUACCCUUGAGCUGUAUGCUCAGCUGGUCAGUGACACUGGCAUUCUGUCUUUGCAUGUCACGUGUGGAUGUGUGUUGUUCAAACCAUUGAAAUGAUUUAGAAUUUAUGAAAAUUUCUCAUUGGUACCAGGGCCUGGGUUUGUAUCUCCCUAUACACACACACACACACACACACACACAUAUAUAUAUUUAUCUUUUAGUUUUUGUGAUAUGCUUAUAUUUUUAAGGAAGAAAGUUAUCGUACUUUUUUAAAAGUGGGAGCCACAGUCUUUAUACAGAGCUGCUUAUUAUCAUAUCUGAUUUCAUUUAGCUCAUUGAAAACUCUGCCAUGAGUGUCAAAGUCGUCUGUUUUUUUAAAAUGCUGAUAUUGAACUAAAUGAAUUCCUUUUUUCUAAUGGCUGAUUAAGUGUCUCUAAAUGUUAGCCGGAUAUUUGUAUAUUAGUAGUGCCUUUAGUAUAGAGAUAAAUGUUCUGUAUCUGUCAUGUAUUAUGGUCAUAUGAGUUUCUGUGAUUCUUCUCUGUCAUUUUCCUAGGCUCCGAUGUUUGUCCACAGUUCCCAUCAUUUCCUUGUCUCUAUCUGUAAUAGGUGUUAAGUGAUGAGGCUCAAGUAGUUCUCAAUGUUUAUCUCUAUGGCCUCAAAAAUUCUCUCUUUGCUUUAAAAUGAGACAUUUAUUAUGGGGGUACAAGGGAAAAGUUAUAUUGUGACAAUAAUAUUAGGUUGACCUCUUUCUACUUUUAAGUGUAAUAUUUGUCACCUCACCAAACUGUACAAACUCCAGCAUUCAAGAACUGCCUCACUCAUCACUCCUGUGUAGCAGUUCUGUCAACAGUAUGUGGCCUACAUCUGUAUGAAACACAGAGGAGGGAGCACAGACCAUCUGAAAACUCCCAAGAGAAAUUUUAGUAAACAUAGUGCCAUUGAACCCCAGGGGGCACUUAUGCCAUGUUUGAGUCCAGCAAGCUCAUUGUGAAUAAUCAGUAAAAGUACUUUUUUAAACAUAUUUUUCUAAAGGUCAAGACUGAAGAGAAAUGGGAGAGAGCUCUAUAAUGGCUAGACAGUGGUCAGGCAUUCUCUAUCCUUUUUCCCUUGUACACCUAUUCCAGUGAAAGAUGUGGCAGAGUCCAUCUUUAUAGCAUGAUGGUCAUUAGACAUCAAUGGACAGGAUCCAUUGAUAGUCAUAUCUGAUGGGUCUAGUGCAUCUGAAAAACGACUAGACUUUGAGAAACAAGAUUUUUCUCUUUGGGAUGGGAUGGACCAAAAUCACUCCCAAAUUAAAUGCUCAUUAAACUAUUGGACUUUUUGUGGAAAUGGUGGACUCUAUGUAGGGCACAGAAGGGACAGACUCCCCAGAUUACUUCAUGUUUCCACAUAACUAGAGGAUUUUAAUCUAUUUAAAUCUUUUCUCUCUUCACUGAAAUAUUAUUUCUAAAUGUCCUUGUUUAACAAUUCUUUUUUUAGCAAGUUAAGUGAAUACUGAAGGUUUAUUCUUCAGUCUCACUCCUCCUGUUCACAAUUUCUUGCAUCACCUAGUCGUUACCUUGUUUUCAUACUUUGACAGAUAAAGUGUAUUAAUUGAUUUAUAUCAUGUAUAUUUAAGUCUUUAAUGUCCUAGAUUCAGUUGCAUGAAAAAUUAUAUUUACCUGUAUUAAAUCUUAGUUUCUAAUUGAGAUUUUGCUUGCUUUUUAAACAGGUAAGUAGGGAAGAUUAAGAGAUUUUUUUUUCCCUAUUGAUGGAAGGGAUAAAGAACCAUCGAUGCAAGUUUUUUUAUUUUAUUUGCUGUGAUCAGGUGUUCACUCUGGUUUUAGACCAAUCUGCAUUCUUAGUUUUAAGGGAAGGAGGCAGUCAGAGGGAAACUGUAGAUAGACAUCCAUCAGUGUGUUUUCUAGCUCAAGGAAUUGGGGUCAAGUUAUGGGGUAUUUUUAUGCAUUCCUUUUUUAAUCAUCUAUUUAUAUUAACAAACCAUUUAUUUUUUAUACUGGUCAUCUGAUUUUUACCUUCCAUGAGAUGGAUAGAGGUGUGCAGAUCUCCACUGAAGUUAGUUCUUUCAUGCUUCUUCCCACUAUUCAAAGCAUCUUUUUAAAAAGUAACCAGGCUUCUUAGAUUUCAAGGGGGGCUCUGUUUCUUUGUACUAUCUUGGUUCCAAGUCGUAUUUUUACUGUAGGAGAUUAUUAAUUAAUUAGAGAGAAUAAUUACUGUGAAAGACAUUCUCUGUCUUUAAAAAGAAAUCAACCACAGAAGUUCAUUGUUCUUUUUCUACAGAUAGUAAAUAAUACCUUGUGUACAUACAUUCUCUAAGCUUUGUCAGUGAAGCAGUCAUUUCUGCAGGCACUCCCUUUGAUCGUCAGAAUAAAGCUUAAAAUUCUAAAAGUGCAUAUUUUUCACACUGACUUAAUUCAUAAUUUCAUCACUGUCCUCCUCCUGCCAGGAAGCAAUAGGAAAUGGUUGGAACAGACCAGGUUUCCAGCAACAGGACAGAUCACACAGACGGCCCCAAGUUUCACUGCUAGCUCACUGAGUUAACAGACAUCAGAUCCUUCUUUUAAAAAGAGGGGGAUAAAAUGUAGAAAAUAGUUCUGGUAGUCAAGAAUGUCAGCAGUCCACAGCUGCUUUUGUAUUUGUGUGUCUCUGUGUGUGAGUGUGUGUGUCCGUGUCCGUGUCCCUGUCCCUGUGAACCAAUAAUAAUGCCUUGCUCAAUCAAUGCAUUCAGCCAUCUCAAGUGCAAUUUGUCAGGGAGACUGUGGUUUCCAAUAGAUAUGUUUUUUUAUGUAGUUCAACCUGUAAAAAUUAUUCUUUCCCACAGUACACCAUGACUAUUGAUUAUUUCAGCAGCUAGUAUACUAGCUGGCCAAGUAAGUAAGUUUCUGUAGCUAUUUUAGUAAUUUGAAACCAAAUUCUCACACUGUUUCUCAUGAAAUGAUAGAAGUGAGAAUUUGGUCCACAGUUUGAUUUAAGUUCUUUCAUUUCUUUCUUUCCCUUACAGUUAAGGGGUGUUUAGUGUUUGUAUUUUUUGGAUUUUAUUUAUUUUAUUUUUUAUUUCCUGUUGCCUGCAUCAAAUUGCUUGAGUGUUUUCAACUAUUUUGAUGUAUGAAUAAUACGUGGUGUGCUGUGUCAUUAAUGUAUUCAACAUUUUGUUCAUUUAAACAACAUAAUUAAGUAUGAUUCAUACACAUACAUAAAAUCUUAAUUCAUUUCUUUUCUCAUAUAACUAUUUUAUAAGUAACUGGAAUUUUUCAUUAGAUCUUAUACAGAGCAGUAUUUUAUUAAAAAUUCAAAAGGGAAGACUUUUAUGUGCUCAUUUUGUAGUUUUUGUUUUUUAAAUAUCUUUACAUUGUCUGCCAAUUAAAGUGUUUUUAACUUGCAUUGGAAUGGACUCCGAAUGUAUUUUUGUGUUGUUAAGUUGUACAUUUGUAAAUUUCUAGCAUGAAGUUAGCCUCAAAAUUCUGUGCAAAGGGAUUUUAAAAUAUAAGAUUCACUGAAAGAGUUGCUAUACAUGUUAAAUGCUGUAUGGAUUUUAAUUAAAAAUUUAAGAAUGAUUUCUUAA